AUGCCUCUGCCACGAUAUACAUACACCGGCCCCACCGACCACACUAUCAUCCCUGACCGUAGCAGUGUCAAGGGUAAAUCAGUCAUCAUCACCGGCGGUGCGAAUGGCAUGGGAGAGGCCCGAAGUUCUGGCGACAGUCUUUGGAACCUAGAAGAUCCCAACGAACAGCCAACGAAGCCAGAUCUCAACAUCGUAAAUGUCAAUCUCAUGGGGUCCUUGUACACGUGGAAGCUUGCAGUUCACUACUUCAGAAUGCAGCCAGAUACCGAGGAGCGGGACAGAUGUUUCAUCAUCACGGGCAGCAUGGUGGGCUGGAUAGAUUCUCCUGGUAAUUGGGAGUACACAGCAACAAAGUACGGGCUUCAUGGCUUUAUGAGAACCGUGAGACGCUCCAGCUGGGAACAAUGCAUCAGAAUCACCUACGUUGCCCCCUGCUGGAUCAGAAGCGCGAUUAGGACUGCCGACUAUGAAAAGUGGUUGAUCGAUCACGGAGUCGAAUUUGGCGAACAGGAAGACGUUGCAAACUCCAUGAUGAGAGUUGCCUGCGACAAAACCAUCAACGGGCGUUCUUUAAUGAUAACUCCUCGAUUAAUUGCGAAAGAGGGUUACAUGGACAUCGACCGGGAUGACUACAAGGAUGUUCCCGAGGACAGCUAUCUGAAAAGACUUCAAGAGUCUCAGCUGAUCAUCAUUGAAGACCAGUGGAGAGAUAAUUACAACGUGAGAAUCUACAAAGAUUAA